UUCUAACAAUUUUACUUGUAUAAUCUUUUCAGAGAAAAAACAGCUAUCGCGAAAUGCUUGAAAAUCAACCAUGUUCUUCAUACAUAUAGGGAGACGUCUUGCCGCUGCAACCUUUACUUAACCUUGGCCAACGCAUUUGCUGUCUUAUGCACGUAAAACAUAUAUCGUCGCAAACCUCACCGACUUUUAGUGCGCCGCGCAUCGCAAUUUUGUCGCAGACAGAAGAUAAAUGUGGAAGAUUCACAUUAGCGACGAAAGUAUUGCAAAAAAUUUCAACAUUCAAGAAAGAGACCGGAAGCGAAGUUCUGGAAACGUGGGAGAAAAGUCGAGUAUUAUUGCCGCUCACGAUUGCCAAGUGCAUUUUAGAAGAUUACAUCCGCAUAUAAACGCCAAAUUGCAAUCGCGUUUGCAAUGCGAAUAUGAAUCACGAGGAUGCACCCUCGAUUAUCGAGAAAAGUCGAACAAGGGAAAUGUGAAAAAGUGGAGAACAAAUGACACAGACGGCCAGAUCGGAAAUUACAACCUUACGCACAUUCGCAAUACAAAAGGGAGAAACGAUACUGCGGUGUAUCUUUUUCUAUUUCCUUGACGGAUAUUUCCAAGCAAAAAUAUAUAGUUUUAGAUAUUAUAAUAAUGUACACCGUAACAGAAACGGAUGGGACUAUUAUAUGUGCUAUACAUAAUCUCUGACACUUAAAUAGUUGUUAGAUUUUAUUUAUUCAUAAUACUGAAUAAAUACUUUGUACAUGUUAUAGUUGUAAGAUACGUAAGAACGACGUUUAUUACUUCAUCUUGAAAAUAAAUUCUUUUACA